GGCAGGCAGACGCCGAGGUCCGCGGGUGGGCUGUGGCUGCACGAUGCGGGUAGCGUCGUGGUGGCCGAGGCCACGGCCGGACCUUUCGCGACUCUAGCGGCUCUCAGGCGGCCUUCUCUUCUCGUUGGCGGGGCCCCUUUGGUCCCUCGGCUGCGGGCACAGUGUAGGACAGGAGGGCCUCCCACCCCUCACUCUACGCCGCAGCCAUGUCAACAAGAGAGGCCGCCGCCACGACCGAGGCCCAGGAACCGGGCAGCAGGAUCAAAUCCAGCAGCCCUCGCCAAAUCCCGGUGGUCGGAGUGGUGACCGAGGACGAGGAGGCGCAACGUACUUUCAAGCCUAUGGACCUAAAUCGUGUCAUCAGACUCCUUGAGGAAACUGAUAAAGAUGAUUUAGAAGAAAAGCAAAUUAAAUCUGUCAAGAAACUCAUGGAGUGUUAUCAGAAUGGAUUUCCCCUAAGGGAUUUAGCACAGAUAUUUAAAAUUCUGAAUCUGUGUGCAGGAAAAAUUGAAAACCAACCUCGUUUUAUAGAAUCUGCAUAUAAUAUCUUAAAAUUAUGUGGCUUGCCAUUUUUGAAAAAGAAAGCAUCAGAUGAAAUAACCUAUGCUGAAGAUACUGCUAAUUCAAUUGCACUACUGGGUGACUUAAUGAAAAUACCAAGUUCUGAAUUGAGGAUACAAAUCUGUAAGUGUAUUGUGGACUUUUAUCAUGCAGAACCACCAAAGAAGCAUAUUACAGGUUACCAGCAAGCUAGUUCAUCAUAUAAGAUUCAAAUGGCUGAAGUCGGAGGAUUGGCAAAAACAAUGGUCCUGUCAUUGGCCUUGCUGGAAAAUCAACUUGUUGAGAAACUUUGGGUGCUUAAAGUUCUGCAACAUCUCUCAACUUCUGAAGUUAAUUGUACUUUAAUGAUGGAAGCACAAGCAGCCAGUGGAAUCUGUGUUCACCUCAAUGACCCAGAUCCCUCUGGACAGCUUCUAUUUCGUUCAUCAGAAAUACUUUGGAACUUAUUGGAAAAAACUUCAAAAGAAGAAAUCAUACAGCAGCUUAGUAAUUUGGAAUGUUUGCUGACUUUGAAGGAAGUAUUUAAAAAUCUGUUUAUGAGAAGUUUUAGUCAUUAUGAUCGUCAGCUUAGAAACGACAUAUUAGUGAUCACUACAAUUAUAGCUCAAAAUCCUGGAGCACCAAUGAUUGAAUCUGGCUUUACCAGGGAUUUGAUACUAUUUGCAACCUUUAAUGAAGUUAAAAGUCAAAAUCCUUUGGUCAAAGGUCUUAAACUUUCUAAUUGCUAUGAAGAUUUUGAGUUGAAGAAAUUGCUAUUCAAUAUAAUCGUGAUCUUAAGUAAAGAUUUACCUACUGUACAGCUAUUAAUUGAUGGCAAAGUUCUUUUGGCUUUGUUUACUUAUGUUAAAAAGCCUGAGAAACACAAAAUAAUUGAAUGGUCUGCAGCACAAUAUGAAGAAUUGCAAUUGCAUGCAAUUGCCACUUUGUCAUCACUGGCUCCUUUAUUAAUAGAAGAGUAUAUGCUAUACCAGGGAAAUGCCCGAGUCCUUGCAUUUCUAGAAUGGUGUGAGAGCGAAGAGGCCUUCUUUAGUCAUGGGAACAGUUUUCAUGGCACAGGUGGCCGUGGCAACAAGUUUGCCCAGAUGCGUUACAGCUUGAGACUCUUGAGAGCCAUGGUCUACCUUGAAGAUGAGACUAUAAACGAGGAUCUGUGUGAAAAGGGGACGAUCCAGCAACUGACGGGAAUCUUUAAAAAUAUAAUCAAGUCUAAUGACAAGGAAGAGGCCAUUGUUUUGGAAAUUCAAUCUGAUAUAUUACUUAUAUUAUCUGGUCUUUGUGAAGAUCAUGUUCCCAGGAAGGAAAUUUUUGGAACUGAAGGAGUGGAUAUAAUUCUUCAUGUAAUGAAAACAGACCCCAAGAAGUUACAGAGUGGAUUAGGCUAUAAUGUACUUCUUUUUAGUACAUUGGACAGCAUUUGGUGCUGCAUUUUGGGAUGCUAUCCUUUAGAGGAUUACUUUCUUGAAAAGGAAGGCAUUUUUCUCCUUUUGGAUUUAUUGGCGUUGAACCAAAAAAAAUUCUGUAAUCUAAUACUUGGAAUAAUGGUUGAAUUUUGUGAUAAUCCCAAAACUACGGCUCAUGUUAAUGCUUGGCGAGGGAAGAAAGGCCAGACAGCUGCUAGUCUUUUAAUUAAAUUGUGGAGAAAGGAAGAAGAAGAACUAGGAGUGAAACGUGAUAAACAUGGGAAGAUCAUUGAUACAAAGAAACCUCUAUUUACUAGUUUUCAAGAAGAGCAAAAAAUUAUACCACUGCCUGCUAACUGCCCGACUAUUGCAGUUAUGGAUGUUGCGGAGAAUAUCAGAGCAAAAAUUUAUGCUGUGUUGGGCAAACUAGAUUUUGAAAAUUUACCUGGCCUAUCAGCUGAAGAUUUUGUGACCCUCUGUAUCAUACAUAGAUAUCUUGAUUUUAAAAUUGGAGAAAUAUGGAAUGAAAUAUAUGAAGAAAUAAAAUUAGAAAAGUUAAGACCAGUCACUACAGAUAAAAAAAUUUUGGAAACUAUUACAACAGCAUCAGAAAAUAUUGGAAAGAUGGUUGCUUCUCUGCAAAGUGAGAUGAUUGAAAGCCAAGCGCGCCAAGAUGUGCAAAAUGAACAAAAAGUCUAUGCAAAAAUACAAGCCACCCACAAGCAAAGAGAACUGGCUAAUAAAUCAUGGCAAAAUUUCUUAGCUAGAACAUCAAAUGCUAAAACUUUAAAGAAAGCAAAAAGACUUCAGGAAAAAGCUAUAGAAUCCUCUAGAUACAAUGAGCAACCACCAAAUACAAUAUUUCACCAGACAGAUAUUAAAGGCCUUAACACAACGGUUCUCUCUGGCCGGGUAGUAACAGUGGAAAGCACUCCUGCCCAAUUAAUGGGAGGACCUCUGGCUGAUACAGAUAUUGCUCUUAAAAAAUUGCCUAUUCGAGGAGGAGCCUUACAGAGGGUGAAAGCAGUAAAAACUGUGGAUGAGCCAAAGAAGAGCAUUCCUACGUAAAAUACUGGAGAUUUCUGAAGUAAAUUCUGCUUAUAACUUUUUAGUUAAAUAUAUCAAUAUACAAAUGUAAAGCAAAUAUUUUAGUAAAAUACUAUAAAAAAUAAAAGUAAGUACAUAGAAUUUAUUUUUAUUAAAAAUAUCAACAUAUAGCAUCAGAAGACUUGUCACCAGUUACUUUGGAAAGAUUACUAAUUCUCUUAACUGAAAUUGUAAAACAUACUGUAUCAGUUAAGACUCUUGCAGUCGCAUGUGAACUACUCCAACUGGUUUAAGCCCAGAAAAACACUUUUACAGGUUCAGUAGCCAUCAAAUCUAGGAAUAAUUAAGACUACAGGCAUUGUUGGACCUAGGGAGUAAAACUCUGAGUAGGACCUUCUCUUUCCCUAGCAGUUCCUGGAUUAUAUUCUCCCCAGGUGGAUAUCCAGUAGAGAAGAGUGCAUACCUCUCUCUCAACAGUCUCCACAACUGCCUCUGCAUCCUGGGACCCUGGAGUGGCCACAUGCCACUCCUGAGCCAUUCACCACGACUUUGGCCAGAUCUGAGUACUGCCUACUCCUGGAGUCAGAAGCAGGCCAACCCCAUCCAAAGCAUAUGAAUGGAGUGGGGAGUCAGGAUAUUGUUAUCAUAAGUUUAUAUCAAUACUGGGCGGCAAAAACAUUUGCAAGAAAUAUGUUGGUCAAAGUAAAGUAAGUUAUCUCUGUUAUGAAAAGCAAAUGUUAGUCAUGAGCUCAAUAAUAAAAAAUAAAAAUACAGAUGGUUUUAAUCUUAAUAUUAUAAACAUGCAAAGCAAACUCUAAUGCUACAUCUCUUCUUUAAUGAGAAAGGGAAAGGGAGAGUGGGGGAAGUAUUUUCCCUCCUUUGGUGGUGGAGGUAUCUUGCCAAAGAAUAGGAGGUAGAAGCCUUAAUACUGGAUGCAGAGCAAAGUGUCUAUGUCCCUCUGUGCCAGUAUGAGGUUUCCAUAGCCUGUCUCCAGCCCCAUCAACCCCCUCCAACACCCAGGAAGCCACAAAGUUGAGUUCAUCUCCAGGGCUGGCAGAGACAAGAACCUGUUUUCUUAAACAGGAAAAUAUACUGGAAUUUGAGUCUAGAUGCUGGGCCCAUAGGAUCCAUUCAGCAGUGUACUGGUAAAUGUACAAGUGGCUCUUCAAGGGGAAAAAGCCCUCAUCUGUAGUGUUUGCUGAUUUGCAUGGUGUAAAUAUUCCCACCAGGACCAGUUUCAAGCUACCAACAUGACACUGCUGAAUGCAGAGUUAGGAAGAGAUGCAUAGAAUCCAACUUCAUUAUCAGAUAAGAGAAGGUUCUGUCACUCCACUGGGCCCAGCUUCUUCUACUUCCUCUUCCUCUUUCCUCCUCCUCUUCCUCCUCCUCCUCCAACUCACAUUCCCCCAGGAAUUUUCCAUUAUCCCGUUUGUGAAGAUGGUAGCAUCUGCAAUGAGGGAAGUAAUUGCACUGUUGUUAUUGUUCUAAUUGGAAUGAGUUGCCAUUACACUUUUGGCCAGUGGCCUCUCACCCUGGCCAAGUUGCCCAUUCUCCUUGUGGCCCACAGUAGAUAAUACACAUCAGCUUAUCAGUGAGCUUUGUUCUCUCCUGAUUCCUCUCUAUUACUUCUCUAUUACUACCACCGCCAACAAGAUAUUAGAAGACAUAAUUUGUUCCUCUUCUUCACAGCCCUAAGCACAAAUAUUCUAUGUAAAGGGGAGUUACUGAGACACAAGAGUGGAUGUGGGCAGAAACAUGCAAUGAUGAGAUACCCAUACAAAAAGUAUACCCCAGGUAUAUCUCAGAUACACAUGGAAUCAAGAAGAAGUGUCCAUGGCUAAGAACAGUGAAUCUUUGCCCCAUUUUGUAGACUAUAAGAUCCUUCCCCAGACUCUAGCUCCCUACGGACAAGGUAGAAACCAUAUCUCAUUAUUUUAACCAACACUUCAGGAAAUAAACUAUUGAAUAAGUGUGAUGAUGGCCUCAGCUCCUGGCAGCCUUUCCUUUGAGCUCUGCAUAUGCAGCAAAUUUCUGAGCUCAAAGCACAGAUUCAGCCAACAAAAUACAGGUAAUGCUCAACGCAGACAUGAUAACAUAGUUCACAUGUAUUUACUUCAUGACAGUGACAGACUCUCUAAAAAGCUAAGGCAUAAAUACUAUUAUACUAAUAUAACCAAUGUGUAGAAGUAAAAUUGAUAUUAUUUGAUGGAAUAUCGUUUUUUGUAUGUAGUACAACCUGAUAUCUCCAGAUUGAUUAGGACUGGCCACAAUCAAAAUAAUCCGUGAUGUCUGUGGACCUUUCCCUUGCCAUGUAAAUCUUACCUGAGGAAAAGUAAAAUAGGGCAGGUUAUUACCUAGCAGCCAUUUAAUAGCCAAAGAAAUGUAGGUGGAUGGAAGGUAGUCAUGUUGCUUAAUUCAGACACUUGUGCUUGGUAGACAGACUGCACGCAAGUUUGCAAAUUACAAUUCCAGCCACCCUGCACCAAGCAAGUGAAUCAGUCUACCUGUCUGACAAUGGCACUAACUCUAAGAAGUCUCCCUGUCUCUUCUCACAUCCUUUGCUCCCACACCACUCCUGAGCCCAAGGGGAUGUACUGCCUAGCCUAUCCAGCCUGACUCAGAGGUGGACACUUUCCUUCCAGGAGUCAGUUGAGACAAAAUUUCAAGCUUUCAAACUGAAACUUUUGCUAAUAAACUAAAUGAAAAAGAAGUCAAAAGAAUAAAAAUGAUGAAGUUUAGUGAGGAUAGAUGAAAGUGGCUUCAACAUUUUUCAAUAAUGAGAUUUUUACCACAUGAAGGAGCUCGUUCCAUGGUUCAACUCUGUUAGCCAGUGCGUACUUACACUGGAUGAAAACCAGUGAAUAAUUAGGUGAAUAACUUUCAUUUAUCUGGUCCUCAGUCUGCCUUCUGAAGCACGAUGUACAUUUCAUAUCACAGGAAAAAACUAUGAUGUUCACUCUUAAGUUUCUUCAGGUCAAAUAUCCAGUUUCCUUAUUCAUUCUUAUUUAAUCAUUCCAGACUUUAUGAAUCUGGCCAGCACCUUCUGAAGUGCUUGUUAUUUGUUAAUAUUCCUGUAUACUGUGACCAGCAAAACUGAACAAAGAUAUCCUGGUGUAGGAGGACCCAUGGAGGGUAUAAAACUAGUCCCUCUCAUUUUUAUACACUUUCUGCCAACACAGCCUAAGCUUAUGUUAGUUUCAUUAGCAACCAUGUUUCAUAAUUGCUUGUAUUUAGUUUACAGUUAAGGAAAUCGUCAAGGAUGCCUUCUGAGAAAGAGAAACCGGCCUAAUACUAUGAGGUCAAAAUUCUGUAGAUACACCCAGUGCCCAGAUCAGUGCCUAAUAACAUUCUCCAAUGAAAGAAACCAGGGCUCCUUGGAGACAUGGCUGGUUCUGGGGAUGGGGCAGAAAUAUACAAGAUGAGUCUGGAGCAUCCUAUAGAGUUCCCAAUGGCCAAUGCUGGAACAAUUUGAGCAACAAAAUAAAUAAUGUAGUAUUGGAUUAUAACCCAAAGUAUAAAUAAAUGUACAUAAGUCCAUAUUGAUAUAAAUAAAUGAUGAAAGAAAAGGAAGGGAGGGAGGGAGCAAAGAGCUGGAUGCCACAUGCUUUGUGGCCUGUCUCCCCUUGAGGAAAAAGGCAGGACUUUGUGCCUUACAGCUCUAGCUCAAUGUAGGACACAUCAGAGCUGAAGUUCUAAUUCAGCGAUAUCAGGGCUGGGAAGAAACUGCGUUUCACAGGCCUUUGUAAGAGAUGUGUCCCGCGUGCGCUACGCUCUUCAUCCCCCCACUACCCGCCAGGAUCUGAAUUUCCAUCUGUUUUUAUUUCUCUUUAGCCUGAAGAACUUAGUAUUUCUUGUAGUGCAAGCCCAGAGUCAACACAUUUGUUUAGUUUUCUUUAUCUGAAAAUGUAUUUCAUUUCACCUUUAUUCUUGGAAGCUCAUUUUCACUGGAUGUGUGAACACAUCUGAGAUGAUGUGGUUUUGAUCCCCCACCCCCAGCACUUUAAGGAUGUUCCACCAUCUUCUGGUCUCCAUUAUUUUUCUGAUGAGGAGCUGUCCAUCACUCAAAUCAUAAUUCGCUUGUACACAACACGUCAUUGUUCUCUGACAGCUUUCAAAAUAUCUUUAGCUUUCUGACAUUUGAUGAUACUAUGCCUAGAUGUAUGCAAUGCAAUUCUGAUGCUAACUACCCAGUAUUAGGUCAAAUUUCACAAGUUAAGAGCACAUUCCUCCCCUCACUUCAGAAACCAGCUGCAAGCUCCAGGGUUCCCAGGCCACCCAUGCUUCUGAUCAACUGGCAACAAAUUCAGAGGUUCCCACCACCAACUAAGGUUCUGUAAUAAGCUAGAAUGACUCACAGAACUCAGGAAAGCACUAUAUGUGUAAUUAUAGUUUUAUUAUAAAGGCUAUAAAUCAGGACUAGCCAAGUGAAGAGACCCACAGAGUGAGGUCUGGGAGGGUCCCAAACAUAAAGCUUUUGUGUCCUCAGAACAUGUCACCUGCCAGGCACACCGAGGUAUAGUUACCAAUCAGGGAAGCUCACCUCAGUGCCCAGACUUUUUACUGGAGUUUCAUUACAUAGGCAUGAUUGAUUGAAUCAUUGGCAACAUACUUCAACUCUAUCUCCAGCCCACCCUGCCCUCUUCAGAGGUUGGGCUCUUAUCACCUAACUCAAAGCCCCAACCCUGUAAUUACGGGGUAGUCAUUCUGGUGUGGCCAGCCCCCAUCCUGAGUCAUCUCAUUAGCAUAAACUCAGGUAUGGUCCCAGGGGCCUACCAUAAAUAACAGAGACAUUCCUAUUACUCCAAGAAAUUCCAAAAAUUUAGAGGUUAUCUCCUAGAAACUAGUGACAAAGGUCAGCCAAAUUCUUUAUUAUAAAAUAGUGUAGUUUUUUUGUAUUUAUCUCAUUUUGGAUUUG